CGCUGGGCAAGGAGUGCUUCCGGGUAGGAGCUGGGUGACCCCGGCUGCCUGCGGCGACAGCAGCCAUGGGGGCGCACCUGGCCCGGCGCUACCUGGGCGAUGCAUCGGUGGAGCCCGACCCCCUGCAGAUGCCCACCUUCCCGCCAGACUACGGCUUCCCCGGGCGCAAAGAACGCGAGACGGUGGCCACUCAGCAGGAGAUGAACGACGCACAGCUGGUGCUCCAGCAGCGGGACUACUGCGCCCACUACCUCAUCCGGCUCCUCAAGUGCAAGCGCGACAGCUUCCCCAACUUCCUGGCCUGCAAGCACGAGCAGCACGACUGGGACUACUGCGAGCACCUCGACUACGUGAGGCGCAUGAAGGAGUUUGAGCGGGAGCGGCGGCUGCUCCAGCGGAAGAAGAGGCGGGAGCAGAGGGAGGCGGACAUGGCCAGAGGCCAGGGGUCCGGCGACGUGGGCCCCGGGGUGGCCCUGUAGUGGCCCCGCCUACCACCCUGUGGACCAGUCAAAAAAAUAAAAGCCUCCAGGGCCCUCA